AUGCCUCGAUUUGUCAUCUAUUUCAUUGAAUUUUCACUCAUUUUCAAUGUUGUUCUAACCCAAGUCAAUAAGGACAAUGACGCAGCUAAAACUCCAAAUCUUCACAAAUGGUCAUUCGAAAAUGGGGCGGAAAAGAAUGAAAGGAGGGAGGGACCUCCGACUGUAACAAUACCAAAUCAAGGUCCAUUUAGUUGGAAAUGGACAUGGAAUUCGAAGAUAAACACUACCUCAACUAGUUCAAUUUCACCAACCACUUCCACUACCACCACCACAACAACUUCUUCUCCAACGAGCACUAAACCAGUUUAUAUUCUGAAAUCUGCAGCAAGAAAGUCUUUAAGAAAUACUCUCCGUGGCACGACACCAGAGAAACGAAAGAAACAACUUGCUCAGAUGGGAAAGAAAAUAAAAGUGAAGAAAAUAUCACAGACGGAAUCCAAAAAACUUCACAAAUCGUAUCGAAAAGUGAAAGUAACUGAAAAUCCUCCAGCAUUGGAUAUGUUUGAAGUGAAUGAAAGAGCUGGAUUGAAUGAUUAUUUGUUUCAGGGAGAUAUCAACUUGGACGAAAAUCAAAUUGCUGAGUUCACUUCUAAUUCAAAAAAGUCUCGAAAGAAGCGACAAAUCCAAAACUCGGCUCAAUUCUGGCCGGAUAACACUGUUUAUUACUAUUUCGAUUCUGGAUUAGGAUCAAAUAUGCAGCAGAUUGUGGCAGAUGCGAUGAAAUUUUUGGAGGAGAGAACUUGUGUUACCUUCGUUUUGAAUAGUACAGCAACUAAUCGAGUCAAGAUCAUCAACGGAGUGGGAUGUUAUUCAAACGUUGGAAUGUUAGGCGGAGAACAGACAUUAUCUCUUGGAUCUGGGUGUGAAUUGGUUGGCACAGCUGCUCACGAACUCUCCCAUACCCUUGGCGUGUUCCACUCCCAAAUGAGAUCUGAUCGAGAUGAAUACGUGACAAUUGACCUGACUGAUGUUCCAGAAUCAUCUCAACCCAAUUUUUACAAAAUGACUGCUGCGACAUCGACGAAUUUAGUGGAUUAUGAAUAUGGAAGUUUCAUGCAUUAUGGAGGCAGAGCAUUUGUCACAUCUGGAGGAGUCGAUUCGAUAGUUCCAAAAGAUCCAUUGAUGGUGUACACGAUGGGAGGACGAAUAGUGACAUUUUUGGAUCUGAAAAUGUUGAAUACACAUUAUUCUUGUUCAUGUCCAACUUCAUUAAACUGUGGGAACGGAGGUUAUCCCAACCCAGCCAACUGCGCUGAAUGUGCUUGUCCGUAUGGUUUCGGAGGAACUCUUUGUAACGAGAGAGCAGAUUAUGGUUGUGGAAGUGAGCUGACUGCUACUGACACCUGGAAACAACAGAACUACACUUUCGGGAACUCUUCGAAUGCAAUGUCUGCAAGAACCAGUUUUGCGUAUUGUGCACAUUGGAUUAAGGCUCCUGUCGGAAAACAAAUCCAGUUCCGAAUCGAUGCCGCUUACAACACACAAUGUGGAUAUGGAUGCACAUUCAAUGGGAUUGAACCAAAGUUGAAAAAUGAUAUGACAAUGACUCAGACACGAUAUUGCUGCGACGAAUUCAACGGAGAGAUCAUGACGGCAGAAGUGAAUCCCAUGCCUGUUUUCACUUAUAACCGGUAUUAUGUAACAACUUAUUCUUGGUCUUAUCGUUAUGUCAAUUCGACAGUCUCCGCAUGCGUAGAUUUAUCAGAUAAAGACACUUGUCUUGCAUUGAAAACAGCAUAUGAACAAGGAUGUAGUGUUUACGAUACAGCACAAUUGAAGGUCAUGUGUGCAGUAACUAUGGAUUUAUGUGGGAAGGUUGUGUCUGGAAGUGGAACAUGUCAAGAUCGGUUCGAGCAAAGCCAGUAA